ACAAACUGUUGUUCCCUCCCGAAACGAUAAACAUAUUUUGUGCGGCAAGAUGAGCGUGGAGGAGCGCGCCCCAGAGUACGUGUGCAACGUGCAGCUCCAUGUGGAGCCCAGCGAGCGACCCAAGCUGCCGCCCGGCUCCCCUCCCCUGGACUCGAGGAGCACUGAAUCGGAGCCCCAGCACUCGGAGGAAUGCUGCGUGGAGCUGGAGAACGUGACGGUUAAGUUCCGGCUCUCCGACUCGGACAUCCUGGCCCAGGUGUAUCCCAACUGCAUGACGCUGGCCGAGGUGAAGCAGGACAUUGCUCGGAAGUUCGAGGUGGAUCCGGCUGCCCUUGUCCUCCGGCAGGAGGGUCGCAUUCUCUGCGACAAGCUGCCUCUGAAUUCCACCGCCCUGGAUGAAUUUGGCAUCCAUGAGUUCCAGCUGGAGCUGUGCACCGUGGGCGAUCAGUCCUCCAAACUGGACCUCGAUGUCUACUACGACAAACACCGUUUGGCGGACUUCAUCACUGUCCACAUUUCCGGCGAGGAUACCCAGGAUGGCCAGCCCAAAAACGUGGUGGUGGAAAUAGAAAACGCGGCGAUUGUCAAGCCCUUCCUGUGCGGUUAUCGGGAUAAGAACACUGGCAAGGAGUACCUGGAUGCCUUCACCCAGACGGGUCCUUACUUCGACAAGAUGAAGUACAGGAAGUACAAGUCCAGGGACACCCAGACCUGGGAGCACAAGGAAAAGACUCUGAACACAGCCCAUGAGCAGUCGGUGCAGUGCCAUCUGGAUGGCAUCAACAUCCUGUAUGUGUCCGCAGCCAAUGACUUCACCAUAAUUCCUGGCAAGUACCAGACCUUCGCCCAAAAGGAGCGAGCAGAACGCAAGCUGGAGAAGAUCUUGCUCAUCCAGCGGAACUGGAGGCGCUGGAUUCUGUGGAAAUACAUCCACCUGCGGGCCAAGGAAUAUCGCCGCCUGGUGCAGAACCGCGAGCAGGAGGACGAGCGGUACGAGAAGUGCGUGGAGCAGCGCGUGGAACGCCAUCGAGUGGUCAAGCUGUUCCCGCGCAACAAGGACGACUUUGACCUGCUCUUCGCGGAGGUGAGUCGCUGGAAGAAGGCGGAGCUGAAGCGGAUCACGGCCAACUACGAGGGACCUGCCCGCAUUGCCGAGGUGAACAUCCUGCUGGACAAGGAGAUCCAGCUGCUGAACGGCGUGGAGAGGCAGCGCAACCUCGUCUUCAAGGCCAUGGAGGACUUUCGCAACGAUCAGCUGCUAAAAGAGAUGGGCAAGCCAAUAGAGUGGAUCGGCUACAAGGACUCCAAGAUCCACAUGGACUUGCUCAGCACGCAGCGAGUACGCUUCCUCACUGAGAUCUACAAGGAUCUGCGGAAGCCGCGGAACAAGGAGGACCGCCUGGAGUUCAUCCGCCAAGUCAUGACGGUCCUCACCGAGGAGACUUGCUAUCCGAACUUUCCCGAGCUCUUUGAUCUCUUCGAGCGCGAGAAGAAUCUAAUGCUCUAUGCCAAGUCCUUUGAUGUGGAAAUACUGCGCAAGCGCCAGACCAAGCUAUUUUUCGAUUUGAUAAAGUUCCAGAAGGACAAGCCCAAGGAAAGAACUCCGUCCCGCAUGUGCAUCGUGUGCAAGAAGGUCAAGACCUAUGCCGAGUUCGCCAUCAGGACGCGUCAGAGUCAUGUGGACACCUGCAAGCACUGCUACUAUCUAAAGCUGACGGCCACUGAGAACACGGUUUACCAGUCCAUCUUGAGAUGCAUCCACCGGGAUGAGCGCAAACGCAAGUGCACCACAUCCUUCGCCUUCGUUAUGCAGCCAGAUGACGUGCGCCACAUCAUAGACAAGAUCUGGCAUGGACACUCGGCUCUCAGCAAGACCGAGAACCUUAGUGAACUAAGAUUGCCGCGCUGGAACAAGAGCGAUGACUGGGCGCCAUGGAACUGCAUUUGCUUGACAGAGCGCGAGACGCGAGACCACUACAAGAUCGAUGACAUCGAAAAGGUGUACGAUCCCAAGUUCAUUUUGCACAUCGGCAAUCUUCACAUGCUGGCACGCAGCCUGUUCCACACUCUGGCUGCCGUGGCCAUCGAGUUCCAGGAGACCGGUCAGUGGUGGAAGGUGGGCAUGAACCAGCAACGUAGCAGCAAACUGGAUGCCGUUUAAAGGUUACUUAAUUUAUGAAUGUCUCCGCCGCAAAUCACACUCUCCACUGUUUGGGUUUAGCUUGUAAUUCAGCGCCUAAUUUUACAUUUACAAAAUUUAAACAAUUCAGAUAAUAAUCAAUCAUUACAAGAAAAAUUAAAUAAACUACAAUUGCAACUAUUUGCUACUUGCAA